AAAGAGACGAAGCGAGGCGCUACUGCCAUCAUCUCGGACCGAAAAGACAUACAUAUCAACGGAAACUAGUCCUUUCGCUGCGCAUCACUGCUACCCGUCUCAUCAAAGCCUUUGACCGCACGGAAAAUCUUGGCAACGGAAGCAUGUCACCGACGUUGCCUGCACUGGCGCGACUGAACGAAAAAUACCAGAUUAUUGUGGCUUCCGGUUCACCCCGGAGAAAGGAAAUACUGACGAAGCUUGGCCUCGAAUUCAGGGUCGCAGUAUCAACAUUUCCCGAAGAUCUCGACAAAUCUUUGUACACACCCGACGAAUAUGUCCUCCAAACCGCUCUCGGCAAGGCAACGGAAGUCUACAGGCGCGUAAGGCGAUCAAAUAACCUGACCGAGGAUCACCGCCCAAUCCUAGUCAUUGCAGCCGAUACGGUCGUCAUCCACAAUGAAAGGAUAAUCGAAAAGCCGAUAUCGAAUGCCCAUGCAAAGGAGAUGUUGAGAGGGUUGGCGGGACGGGAGCAUGUUGUUGCGACGGCGAUUGUUCUUGCGUAUGCUGUGGAUGAGGAGGGAAACUUGAAGGUUGAGACAGCGGUGGAGAGGAGUAAGGUUCUGUUUGAUGAGAUGGAUGACGAGCUGAUUGAUGCGUAUGUCGCUACUGGAGAGCCAUUAGACAAAGCGGGAGGAUACGGCUACCAAGGCCUUGCGGCAGCAUUCAUCCCGCGGAUCGACGGGUGCUACUACAACGUCAUAGGUUUCCCAGUGAAUAGGUUUGUACGGACAGCGACGAACCUGCUCAAUACGCAAAGCGGUGGCGACCAGCAGUGAUAGAACCCAUGUAAGCCUACUUACCAAAGGGCAUAUAAGUCUAUGGAUGGCCAUAGAGAUGACAACGGCAGGGUAGCAACGAAUUUUAUUA